AUGAGCUUCCAGAGCCUGCCCCAGACGCCGCCGCCCCGCGGCCGGCCCGGAGGCUACUGCUCCGUGCGGCAGAAGCUCAUCUUCUCCCGGGGCAGCGACUGCGAGGAGGAGGACGAAGAGGAGGAGGAGGUCGAGGGCAGCGGCCACAGCACCUGGGAGGACUCUGCCUUUCAGGAGCCCGACUCACCGCUGCCGCCCGCCCGCAGCCCGGCAGCCCCGGGGCCGGCUGCCGAGCCCGAGAGCGAGCCGGGCGGCCAGAGGCGCGGCCCGGGCCGGCUCCCACCCCCGGACCCGCGGGAGGAGGAGAUGCCGCCGGCCGACGAAGUAGGCGCGGGCGGCGCCGAGGGCGACUCGUGGGAGGAGGAGGGCUUCGGCUCAUCGUCCCCGGUCAAGUCCUCUGCCGCCGCCCCCUACUACCUGGGCAGCCCCUUGUCGCCCCUCCGCGGGGACCGCUGCCGACGCGGCCGCCCGCGCCGCGACGGCUCCUGCUCGCCGGUGCCCGACGACCUGGGCACGCCGCAGCACAAGACUUUCCGCAAGCUGCGGUUCUUCGACACGCCGCACACCCCGAAAAGUUUGCUAUCCAAAGCUCGAGGAAUAGAUUCCAGCUCUGUUAAACUCCUAGGGGGUUCUCUGUUCAUGAACUCAGGAAGAUCAGAAAAACAAGGAUUUGAUGUGAGACAAACCCCUCAAGUGAACAUUAAUCCCUUCACUCCAGAUUCAAUAUUGCUUCAUUCUUCGGGACAGUGUCUUCGAAGAAAGAGAACACACUGGAAUGAUUCCUGUGAUGAAGACAUGGAAGUAAGUGAUGGGGAGCUUGAGGAUGAGACUACUAGGCCUGCCAAGAGAAUUGCGUUUACAGAAAGUAACAUGAAAUCAAGAUAUGAAAGUGAGUUUCAUGAACUAGGAAAGAUUGGAUCAGGAGAAUUUGGUUCAGUAUUUAAGUGUGUAAAGAGGCUGGAUGGCUGUAUCUAUGCCAUAAAGCGAUCAAAGAAGCCAUUGGCUGGUUCUGUCGAUGAACAGAAUGCUUUAAGAGAAGUCUAUGCUCAUGCAGUACUUGGACAACAUUCUCAUGUGGUUCGAUACUUCUCUGCAUGGGCAGAGGAUGAUCACAUGCUGAUACAGAAUGAAUAUUGUAAUGGUGGAAGCUUAGGGGAUGCCAUAAGUGAAAACUACAGAAGCAUGAAUUAUUUUUCGGAAACAGAACUUAAAGAUCUCCUCAUACAAGUUGCUCGUGGCUUGAAAUAUAUUCAUUCAAUGUCAUUGGUACACAUGGAUAUUAAGCCCAGUAAUAUUUUCAUAUGUAGGGUGUCAAUCCCAGGUACAGCUGAGGAAGGUGAUGAAGAUGAUUGGACAGCCAAUAAAGUUAUUUUUAAGAUAGGUGAUCUUGGGCAUGUAACUAGGAUAUCUAGUCCUCAGGUAGAAGAAGGUGACAGCCGUUUCCUUGCCAAUGAAGUCUUACAAGAGAACUACACUCACUUGCCAAAGGCAGAUAUUUUUGCUCUGGCCCUCACCGUGGUGUGUGCUGCUGGCGCUGAACCGCUCCCCACAAAGGGAGACCAGUGGCAUGAAAUAAGACAAGGAAAGCUGCCCCGGAUACCACAAGUUCUUUCACAAGAACUGACAGAUUUGUUGAAAGUCAUGAUUCAUCCUGACCCUGAGAGGAGACCAUCAGCGGUGGCACUGGUCAAGCACGCAGUGUUACUCUCUGCCUCCAGGAAGAGUGCGGAGCAGUUACGCAUAGAGCUGAAUGCAGAAAAAUUCAAGAACUCCCUCCUGCAGAAAGAACUUAAGAAAGCACAGAUGGCGAAAGCAGCUGCAGAGGAGCGAGCUCUGUUCACAGACAGAAUGGCCACACGAUCCAGCACUCAAGACAACAGAACAGCCGUCUCAUCGGGAGGGAGACGAACCGUUCCGUGA